AUGUCGACCUCGUUUGCCGUACAAGGAUGCAGCAGCGCUCUCUGGCAGUUGCUUACUCCAAGCUUGCAUACUACGACCUGGCACUCUUCAGCCAACCUUGCACCUGUCUCGAGAGCGCAGGUCGCCCAGGGCUCGAGAAGCGUACAUCCAGGUUGCCCUGCGCGAGCCUUUCACGCCUCUCCAGACAGAGCCAAAGCCGAAGAUGACAAAGGCGUGAGAAAUUCAGCAAGACUUUUUGGCGGAAGUGGGGAUGAUCGGUCAAAGUCGCAGAUAGAACGUGCUAUCCGCCUAAAGGCCAUCGAGCGCAGACGACCGCUGAGGAGUCGACCCCCUUCCUCCGAAGAUAGGAACACCGAGAAGGACAGAAGAAACGGAUGGUUUUUUUGCUACCAACUGAUGGAGCUGUUACGGGCGUCACGAAGUGAUGCAGAAGGAAGCUAUCGAAGCGGACUGGAGAUGUGGGAGCGACGCCCAAAGCUUGGACCUAACGCUGAAGUCCAAUCGUACAAUCGGAUGAUAGCGCUCGCAUCGCGAGCAUCAAAGCCCUCGAAAGCCCUGGAUUUUAUUGAGCAGGUGAAUAUCACUCGAAAGCAGCUGUGAACAAAGCAAUCGCUAACAGUACACCUCAAUGCUUAGCUCAAGAAAGCCGGUCACGCUCCUGACGCGGACACGUAUUCCGCGCUCUUUGCAAGUGUUCUUGCGGAGCGCACGGGCAAGCAUGCCACGUUGUGGCGCGCUUCCGACGGCACGAGGACAAGGAUGCAGCAGAGAUUGCACGACCACUUUACCGACUUGCUCGCUCUGGCCAAGAGGCUGGGUGCUGGAGAAGCGGCUUCUACGCCUCCCAAGCCGCAGCUUCGAGGCGCGUCAACCCACACUCCUGCGCCGAGCCCAAAUGCCGAGAGUUCGUCGAGCCAGGAUUUACGGCACUUCACUGAGAGCACCAGGGCCAUCAGCAGCUAUCUCUGGAUGCUUGAAGCAGCUGAUGAGGUGGAGGAGGGGCGGAAGGUGUAUGCGAAUCUCUCUGCUUCGAUACCCGUACCGCCUAGGAUAUUUCGCCAAUCGUUAUUGCAUCGCGGUGUCCAGUAUGAAGAAGAUGGAACGCCGCCCCUGGCUUUAGCGCAGAUUCUCUGUGAAGCGUGGUCGAGUCUCCGUGCGCAAUGGGAGUCAAACUAUGAGCUCCUCAGGCGAGGCAAGGCGUUUUGGUGGGCUGUCGGAGAAGAAAAGGAGUGGCACCAUCUCAGCGUGAUUGUUUACCAGCUGCUGAGACUGGCAUCGAGCGUGAGUUCCCGAUGGCCAGAGCUUGCAUGCAUUUAGCAGGGUCUAAAUAUACAGCCUGAACACCGCUCCCGCGGGUCACUCUACGCUCGACAGAAUGCUUUCAUGACAGAGAGUCGGCCGCUUCCGAAGUCCUUCGCGCUUUCGAUCGUGGAAUUCCUAGCGAAGCUUCAAGAUCUUGACUCGAAGCACCAAGGCGAAAUCAAAAGUGUCGAUACAUCAAGUAGAGCGAAGACGAUUCAUCUUGCUGGAACCCGCGAUACUGAAAAACCUUCUGACAGCACAGGGAGCAGCUUUGUGGAUACUCGAUGGGUGGACUGCGGAGAGAUCAUCUUCCGCAUGUGCGUCGUGCACGGAGCGGUGGAGCUUCUCAGCAGUCUGUUGAGCAACUUGUCAGCCGACUCGGCUGCUAAGAUGGAAUGGCCCUCUGAUGACACCAUCAGCGUCUUCCUGCAUCUCUGCCAUUCCGAGGGAAAAGCUGAGGCUGCUCAGACACUCAUUCACCUGCUUCGUCGGAUUGUCGCAGUUUCUCGCGAUGCACUGGACCUUCGGCAGCCGUCAUCUGAGGAUGUUCGCAGACCGGCGAUCCCCAAGGCGCCUUCUUUGGCCAAGCACAUCGCCCUACUCUACCGCAUCCACAUGACCAAUAUCUACGCCUCUGCCGCACGCGGCACCGCAGCGGCCGAAAUCGCCAUUACUAAGUCCAUUGAGCUUUUCAAAAGCGACCUUGACCUUGACCUUCUCAAAGGAUCGGGCUACGGGACAGAUGCUCAUCGGUUGCGAGUUCAAGGGGCCGUGAUCGCCUUGAUGCGCGCAAGAAUACACGUCGCCGGCAACGCCAAACUCAUUUUUGGAGUGACGCCUCAGUCCGAGGAAGAGGCCAAUUCACUCGCUGCUCAGCUCAUUUUGCGCGUCAUACAUGACAAGCUCAUCCCUCUCGAGAGUCCGGAUCUAAUUCCAGAUGCUACCUUCACACCACGCAAAAGACGGGAGGUCUCUUCCCCAAAUGACACACUUCCAGACGUUGUCGGGCUUGAUGAGCGCGCAAGGUCGCCCAAUCAAACCAUCCACGACGUUGUGCAGUCAUUGAAGGCGCUCACUUCCAUGGCGAUCUCCAGCAAUGGAGGAGCAUCACUAGACGAGUUGGCGCUCUGGCAGCGGGUGCUUGUGCGAGCGCAAGCCGCUCUCGACCUCGUACGUGGAAGUCCUUCAAGCAAGCGCGCUGAGGGCAAGCCUCUCAAUGAGGGCCCAAGGCGGCCUCGCGACGCCAAGAAUAGAGCAUUCGAGCACAACGGCAAACUCUUUGGCAAACCCCGGCGUGACGCGAAGGAAGGCCUUCAACUGACAGAGGAGGAUCUCAAAGAACUCGAGAUGUAA